CGUGACUGAGUCAAAUAAUAUGGCUAUCAAGGGUGUUGCGCGGUUCCACAAGAAUAUAGGGAAGCGCAUUAUCACCACCCAUACAGAACACAAAUGCGUGCUUGACUCCUGCUGGAAGCCGCAAGAGGAGGAGUUCGACGUGACUUACCUCCCGGUGCAAAAGAACGGUAUCGUCGACCUCGCUGAGCUCGAGAAGGCCAUUCGGCCAGACACUGCGCCGGUUUCCGUCAUGACCGUGAACAAUGAGACGGGCGUCAUCCAGCCGAUCAAGGAGAUUGGCGCGCUCGUUCGGCGGCAUCGCGACGUGCACUUCCACACACAAGCUGUACGGUCCCAAAGGCAUCGCGGCGUGCUACGUCCGCAGGCGGCCUCGUCGACGCCACUAGUUGGGGGUAUGGGUGAGGCUGAAAGGAUCGCGAAGCAGGAGAUGGCGCGAGACCACGCGCACGUGAAGGAACUAUCUGAGCGCCUCAUCAAGAGCAUCAACGCGAAGGUCGAGCACGUCGUGCGAAACGGUGAGACGAACGGCUAUUCGGGCUGUGUCAACCUUAGCUUCGCGUAUGUCGAGGGCGAGAGUCUGCUGAUGGCGCUUCAGGAUACCGCAUUGUCAUCAAGAAGCACGUGCAUUUCGGCGUCGCUCGCGCCAUCGUACGUGCUUCGCGCACUCGGAGCCGCUGAAGACAUGGCGCAUUUAUCGCUGCGUUUCGGUAUGGGCCGGUUCUCGACCGAGGCGGAGGUCGACUACGUAAUUGAGAAGAUCAUUGCGAUUGUGCAGCGGUUGCGGGAUAUGAGCCCGCUGUGGGAGAUGGUUCAAGACGGCAUCGACAUCAGCACCAUCGACUGGGCGCAGCAUUGA